AUGACUGCUCUGGACACGCAAACACAAUUACUGGCCAUGAUGGCGGAACAAAACGAGUUACUACGCUCGCAACUUAAAACCCAGGGAGAUCAAAUGCUAGAACUGAUGACUACGUUUAAACAGUCACAGUCUCAAAAGCAACAGGUCGUUACUCCUAUUACUAACAUGACUCCCAAGUUUACACCAUUUGAUCCUACAACUGAAUUGUGGACUGAAUAUUGGGCUAGAUUUAAGACAUUCAUACCAGCGCAUUCUGUUCCUUCUGAUAAGGAAGCCCAAGUGUUUCUGACUAACCAAAGUAAGGACAUUUAUAAGGUAAUUUCAAACCAAGCUGCCAAGGAAAAUCCUCCAAUUGAAACAAGUACUUUGACAUUGACCAAAAUUGAAGAAUUUAUGAAGGUUCAAUUCGAUCCUAAACGGUUCAUCGUCAGAGAGAGAUUCAAGUUCUGGUCUAAUAUGAAACGCAAACCAGGCGAGCAUGUCAAUGAACUUGCUGCUAGAAUAAGGCAGAAAGCUGCAACGUGCGAUUUCAUGAAAAUAAAAGAUCCAUUGGAUGAAGCACUGCGAACAAAUUUUAUGUGCAGUGUCAACAAUGAGGCCGUCCUAAAAGCUUUGUUCAAAAUAAAGGAUGAUGAUCUAUCAUUUACUAAAGCCAUACAAGUAGCAGCAGAAGUUGAGGAUGCAGCCAAAUAUGCAAAGGAAAUAGUGUAUGGACCUUCACAAACUACAUCAGUGAAUAAACUUCAACAUACCAAGACCAAACCUGAGGUAAAGAAAACCCAACGUACAUGCUAUAGAUGCGGCUCCAAACAGCACUUGGCAAAUGUAUGCAGACAUAAAGCUACAACAUGCAAUUUCUAUAAGAAAACGGGUCAUUUGGAAACAGUAUGCCAACAAAAGAAGAAAUCUACUACCAUGACGAAAAUUAUAAUUAAUUCUGUCAAUCAGGUAACCAUGCAGCAGAUUUACAGUGAUGUGUACAUUGGUGAUAAAAUGUACAAAUUUGAAAUUGAUACAGGUGCAGGGGACAAUUUCACGUGUAAGGAAGUAUGGGCAGACUUGAGCAAACCACAGUUGUCCAAACUUGAUGCUAAAUACCUCUCAGCAUCAGGCCAUAAUCUUCCAGUCCUCGGCAUGUUCUCAACUUUAGUGAAGAACAGCAGUAAUCAAUCAGAAAUGAUUCGUUUUGUAGUGUCAGAAAUGCCCGGACUUAAUCUUCUGGGCAGAGAAGCUAUCUGUAAGCUUGGAAUUUCAGUAGAUGCUCUAAUGGCAAUGGAUAACAAGCCUUUGGAUCACCCAGUACAUACUAUUCACAGCCCUGAUUCUCAUCCAGAUGAAUCACUUCAGAAUGCUUGCAUACAGAUGUGCGAUGAAUUUUCAGAUCUACAGUAUUCAAACCAGAGUUAG